GCACCACUUCCAUCAAGUUCAACCCAGGCAGGGGUAAAAAAAGCCUCCCACUCGAAAAAUAAUGUCGUCCAUCCAAAAUGUUCAGUUAGCUACAUCACAAGUAACGAAACUUUUUCGUUACGCAAUCUAUCUCUUCCUUGUCGUCGUCCCAGUACUAUUCAUCAAGAUUCGAAUCCAGGAUAUAAUAUCCAACGUCAAAAACUAUCUGUUCGAGCUCUCGUCAUCCAACGUCGACGAGCGCUCGAGCCUGUUGCUGCUGCUGACAAUCUCCGCCUUGGGCUGCGUGCUGGCAAUCUCCACCGUCCGCGUUAUGCGCUCGCCGCGUCACGUCUACCUGCUCGACUUCGCGUGCUACAAGCCCGGGCCGGACCACGAGUGCCCCAAGGAGCUGACCAUGAAGCUGUCGGUCGCCUACGGGAAGUUCACGGAGGAGAGCCUCAACUUCCAGCGGAAGAUCCUCGAGCGGUCCGGGUACGGCCAGCGGACAUACGUGGCGACGGCGCUGCUGGAGAAGUCGGACCAGUCGAUGGCGGCGGCGAGGGAGGAGACGGAGGCGGCCAUGUUCGGGGCGAUCGAUGAUUUGCUGGACAAGAGCCGGGUGGAGGCCAGGGAGAUUGGUGUGCUGGUGGUGAACAGUAGCACGUUCAAUCCGACGCCGUCGCUUUCCGCGGCGAUUGUGAAUCGCUACAAGUUGAGGGGGAAUGUGUCGAGCUUUAAUCUUGGCGGGAUGGGGUGUAGCGCCGGGUUGAUCGCCCUUGAUCUUGCCAAAGAUCUCUUGCAGGUGCAUUCCCACAGUUACGCUCUAAUCGUCAGCACGGAAAACACAACCCGCAACUGGUACGGCGGCAACAACCGCUCCAUGCUCGUAACCAACUGCCUGUUCCGCGUCGGUGCCUCCGCCGUCCUUCUCACCAACCGUCCCUCCGACCGCCGCCGCGCCAAGUACCAGCUCUGCCACGUCCUCCGCACCAACAGGGCCUCCGACGACCGAUGCUACCGCGCCGUCUUCCAGCAGGAAGACGAGCAGAACAUCGUCGGCGUCUCCCUCUCCAGGGACCUCACCGCCGUCGCCGGCGAGGUCCUCAAGGAGAACAUCACCAAGCUCGGCCCGCUCGUCCUUCCCCUCUCCGAGAAGCUCCAGUUCCUCGCCAACUUAAUAGCGAGGAAGGUUGCCGCCGCCGGAGCGAAGACGGCGGUGAAGAAGCCGUACGUUCCGGAUUUCAAGCUGGCGUUUGAGCACUUCUGCAUCCACGCCGGCGGGAGGGGCGUGCUGGACCAGCUGGAGGAGAGCCUCAACUUGACGGAGCGGCUCAUGGAGCCUUCUCGAAUGACGCUAUACAGGUUUGGGAACACGUCGAGCAGUUCCCUUUGGUAUGAGCUGGCGUACAGCGAGGCGAAAGGAAGGGUGAGGAGAGGGGAUCGGGUUUGGCAGAUUGGGCUUGGGUCGGGUUUCAAGUGCAAUAGUGCGGUUUGGCGGGCUUUGAGGGAUGUUGGGCCAGAGGAGAAGAAUCCCUGGGCUGGUGAGAUUGAUGGGUUUCCUGUCAUCGUUCCGAAAAUAGCACCCAUCCUUUAUUGAUUCCUUGACCGUGGCUCUGUGCUUGGUAGAAAAAGUGUUGGGUCAAAGACUAUACAAAAAGCCGGGGUCUUAUGGAAAUAAGUCACAAGACAGUUUACAGGCCAAAUUACACUCUUAAUCAUUCAGUUUAUUAAUAUUUUUCAUACUUAGACUCGAAAAAAUGUUCUUGUUUUAAAGUUAUUUAUUUUUAAAUUUAUUUCGUCUUAAGUUACUGGCCCUCCAAUGUCGUUAAGUUCCUCCUACGUAAUAGUCAAUAAUAUUUUUUAUCGUUAAAUAAAUGACGUGAUGAUAA